AAAUAAAUCUUCAAAUUUAAAGUUACAUUGAAAAAAAUUGAUAACGAAGUUUAAACAUAUUGAAAGCCAUUAUAAUAUUUGAGUUCGAUUGCAAAAAUACUUCUUAAACGUUGUAGUGCGAACUGAUAAUAAUUCAAAACAUCUUAUGAAUAAUAUGUCUCCACGAAAGUCUAAAGGAAAGGCGCGCGAAAGUGUGCGUCUUGGUCGUAUAAGUAAAGGUGGCAAAAAGAACCGCACUAAAGGAAGUUUCUCAAAUUUGCGUACAAUAAAUUGGUUAGACAUGAAGCUUCCACCGUUCGAGAAAAACUUUUAUGAGGAGCACCCUCGUACGCGUAGUCGUUCAGCUAACGCCGUUGAAGAAUAUCGCGCCGCCAACCAGAUAACUGUACGUGGUUUAGCUCCUAAUCCAAUACCGUUCUUCGAUGAAGCUUGUUUUCCAGAUUACUGUAUGAAUGAAAUUCGUCGGCAAAGAUAUACCGAACCUACUCCUAUACAAGCACAAGCGUGGCCGAUUGCUAUGAGUGGUUCCAAUUUAGUUGGAAUCGCUAUGACUGGUUCGGGGAAAACAUUGGCUUUUAUAUUACCGGCUAUUGUUCAUAUCAAUAAUCAAACACCGUUACAGCCCGGUGAAGGACCAAUAGCCUUGGUCUUGGCACCAACUCGCGAACUGGCGCAGCAAAUUCAAACGGUAGCUACUGAUUUUGGCUCCAAUUCAUUUGUUCGCAAUACAUGUAUUUUUGGUGGCGCACCGAAAGGAAAACAGGCAAAUGAUUUGGAACGAGGUGUUCAAAUAGUCAUUGCCACACCUGGUCGCCUUAUUGAUUUUCUUGCCAGCGGUAACACAAAUUUGCGUCGCUGCACUUAUUUGGUAUUAGAUGAAGCUGAUCGUAUGUUAGAUAUGGGUUUUGAGCCACAAAUUCGUAAAAUUUUGGGUCAAAUACGCCCAGAUCGUCAAAUUUUGAUGUGGAGUGCUACUUGGCCAAAAGAAGUGCGCCAACUUGCUGAAGAUUUUCUUGGCGACUAUAUCCAAAUAAAUAUUGGUUCGCUUGAGCUCGCUGCUAAUCACAAUAUUCGCCAGUUAGUAGACGUGUGUGAUGAAUCGGAUAAGGGUGUUAAGUUAAAAGAACUGCUCUCACAUAUAUAUGAUCAAGCACACGCUCCUGGUAAAAUAAUUAUCUUUGUUUCAACCAAAAAAAAGGUGGACGAAUUAGCACGUUUUAUUAACGGUUUUGGGGUUCAUGUUGGCGCCAUACAUGGCGAUAAAUCCCAAGUGGACCGCGAUAAGGUAUUAGGUGAUUUUCGUUGCGGCCGAUCAAAUAUAUUAGUUGCAACAGAUGUAGCUGCACGGGGUUUGGAUGUUGACGGCAUUAAUCAUGUUAUAAAUUUUGAUUUUCCGCAAUCGGCAGAGGACUAUAUACAUCGCAUUGGUCGAACUGGUCGAAAACACUGCACUGGUACGUCGUAUGCAUUUUUUACCCGUAAGAAUGCGAAAUGUGCAAGUGGUUUGAUCGAUGUAUUGCGUGAAGCCAAUCAACCGGUGAAUCCAGAUUUGGAACACUUGGCUCUUCAUGGUGAAGAUGUUGGUGAUGGUGGCAAGGGCGGCAAGUCUCGAAAUCGUGCUGAUCGUGGCAACCGUGGUGAACGGAUUGGACUUGGUAAUGAUAUAUUUGAAAAAAUUAUGAGUGCAAAUAAUAUCAAGGGAAACUCAAAUAGUGCAUAUAAUGGUGGUAUAAUGGCUAGUCGUGGUGAGAACAAUUAUUCACCAUCGUUUGAUAUGCCCAGACGCGGUCGUAAUGACUUCAUAUCAUCUAUUGGUAUGCCGAGUCGCAGUAAUAGUGAUUAUCCCUCAUCCAUUCGUAUGCCCAGUCAUAGCAAUGGUGAUUACCCCUCAUCUACUCGUAUGUCGGGUCACAGUAAUGGUGAUUACCAAUCAUCCACUCGUAUGAAUUCUGGUCGCGGUGGUAAUGACUACCCAUCAUCCAUGGGAAUGUCUGGUCGCGACGGUGGCGAUUAUCCAUUACCGUUUGGUAUGUCCGGUCGUGGUGGAAAUAAUUAUCAAUCAUCUAUUGGUAUGUCUGGACGUGGUGACGAUGAUUUUCAGCCAAUGUCGGGAAUGUCUGGUCGUGGUGGUAGUGAUUACCAAUCAUCGAUGAGUAUGUCUGUUCGUGGUGGCAGUAAUUACCCAUCAUCGAUGAGUAUGUCUGGUCGGAGUGGCAAUGACUUCCUAUCAUCGUCUGGUAUGUCUGGUCGUGGUGGAAAUAAUUAUCAACAAUCUGGCAACAAUGGAAACUACGGCGGCAACUUCGAUAGCAGUAAUUUUGGCGGUGAUAGUUAUGCUGGUCAUAGCUAUUCUGGUGUUAAUUAUGGUGGUAAUAUCCAUGGUGCUAACAACUACUCAAAUGGUAGUGGCUUUGAUGCUGCAGCACUACGAUCUCGUAAUUUCAACUCAAGACAUUAGCUGCAGACAUUAGUUUGAAAUUUGCAAUCUGGCAAAUAGGUUAGCCAAACACAUUUUCCGAUUUCGGAAAUAAAAAAGUAUAAUUAAUUUUUUGCUUUAAGUAAGAAUUUGUCUACAUAAUUUUUUAUGUAAAUUUAUAUUCUCCUAAUUUAAGAUAAACAUUUCUAGAAAUAUUAGAAUUACAGGGCUAAUUUUGAAUUUAAUUAAGUUUUACGCCUAUAUUUAUAAUUA